UGAAUUUGAAAAAUUUGAUUGCCAUACAUGUCCUCGAGCCCUCCAAUUGUAAGGUAUCUGCAGUUUGAAAACGAGGACUCUGAGACAGAAAUACACGACUCAAAAAAUAAUGAAAACCUAAAUACAACUAAUUCCGAGCGAAUAAAAGUUUUCCUGAGGCUGCGCCCCUUUACCGUGGAUGAAAUAGCUAGAGGAGAAAAAAGCGCAGUUCUUCAAGUGAAGGAAAAUAGAAUAUCCAUAAGACCGCGCAACAGAACCUAUAUGUCUUCUGAGGUUCAAACAGCAAAUGAGGCCACAUUCGAGUUUGACGAAAUCUUUCAAGAUACUAUACCUCAAAGCGCAGUGUUCAAAAAGGUUGCGAUUCCGUUUAUUAGAAAACUUUUCAGUGGUCAAAACUCAAUGAUUUUGGCAUAUGGUAUAACGAAUGCCGGAAAAACACACACAAUUUUGGGAACUGAAGCAGAGCCCGGUCUGAUUCCACGGUCAAUCGACGCAAUAUUUUAUUCACUAAAAGAUAAGAUCAUACAAAGCCCAAGGAGGGAUGAAAAGGAGAGCGCGAAGUAUUUGAUAGAAUGUUGCAGAAGCGUUUUGUUCAAUGCAAAAGAUGAAAAUUGGAACUCAUUCACCGACAGCUUCUCUGAUCCAGUGACAGGAGUUCCAGGUCUGUUCACUGACGAAAAGGAAAACAACAUAUCUCUCCUCUCUGGUAAUGAAUCUCUUCUAUUCCAGGUUGCCGUCUCCUAUUUUGAAAUAUAUAAUGAUCGUUGUUACGAUCUUUUCGACGUCGACACAUUAUUAGAAGCUCAAAAAAUUCUAAAGCGUGGUCAGAAAUCAACAACAAAGUAUAGACGACAAGGGCUGAAACUGAAGGAAGUUCAGAAUGGAAAGAUUAAAAUCGAAGGAUUGCAUGAGAUUGAGGUUUCCAGCUCGAGUGAGGUUCACAGACUUCUUCAGUGUGGCCUUAAGAAUAGACAGAUUGCGGAAACUUUAUGCAACCGUCAUUCUUCUCGAAGCCACACCGUCUUUAAUGUCAACUUGAAAGCCCUUCAAAAAGUCUCAAAGAAGGAAUACCGUCUAGAUUUUCAGUCUACCCUCUCUUUUGUUGAUCUAGCUGGUUCAGAGAGAACAACGAAAACAAAUGUUAGUGGUGAACGGCUGAAGGAGACGGCACAAAUAAACAAGUCACUUAUGAACCUUGGUCAGUGUUUGGAGGCGUUGCGGCGUAAUCAAAGGAUCAGGGAAUCGAAAGAUGAGGAGAAUCCAAAGAGGAAACUGCUUCUGGUUCCAUAUCGUCAGAGCAAACUGACACUACUCUUUCGAGAUUUUCUACAAAACGGAAGUACUGUAAUGAUAGCGGCGUGUUCUCCUGCUUCUUCAGAUGCCGAUGAAACUAUCCAUGCGUUGAGGACAGCUUCGUUUGCCAAAGAGCUUAAGUAUAGUCAUAUUCAGGUUUACGGAAAUCCCAAUUUGUUUUCGAACCAAACGAAGCACCUCAACGAACUGCGGCAUACUACAACAGAGCGAAAUCAGUCUGAUGAUGAUACUGCAAAGUUGAUGGUUAAUGAUGAGCGUUUUCAAGAUUUUGAUGAACUCUUAUUAGAGAUUGAGUCAUUACGUGAAAGAUUAGCCUUUGCAGAAAGCAGAGCUCUAAUAAUUGAGAGUGAGAUCCGCGAUGAAGUUGCGAGAGAAAUGGAAGAAGCAUUGCACAAAAUGGAAAAGCAAUUCCGAGUUAAGCUGGAAGAGGCUACUCAAUUUCAUGAAGAACGACUUGAGAAACGAGUCCAUUUGAUCACUACGACGGCCAGAAAGGAGUUAGGAUAUGGCGCUGCUCAUCGUGCAGCCGAACAUGCUAUGUUGAAUUAUUACAAAGACAAGUGGGAGGCAGAGAGAUCUCUUCAUGAAUUCGAACUGUCCCAGUUAAAGCAGAAACUGCGUGAAAGAAAUUUAGAGAGAGACCAGUUAAAAGAACUUCUUUCAGACAGGACUACUACUAAUGAAAAAGUUUCGCGGCAAAAUGUGUUUACCCAAACUGAGGAUUUUGCUGAGCCACAGAAACAAAUCUCGAAAAAAUUAGACAACAGAAAUGAGUUGAGUAAUUUAUUAGAAAACUUUGUGGAAACCGUAAAGAGAUUCACUCAGCAUCUAUUCGGUGAAGAUACGUGGCAGCAAAUUGAGAACAGUUACUUGGUCUCUAUGAUAGAGGAACUUGCACAAGAAGAAUGUGAGAUCGGACAAAUUCGUAUGAUAGACUACUUGAACAGAAUGUUUCAGUUUCUAAAUGUUUCUGCAAAACAAGAUAUUAUAAGGCGUCAUGGUAUUGAUCCAACGAACCAUGAAAGUUUGCCAGAUAUGAACCAAAAUAAGCGUCGAAGAGAAAGAAGAAAGAAGCAAACGGAAAUUAGCAACGAAUCUUAUCAAGUCAAUACUAAAAAUGACAGCAUUGAAGCUACUGACUGUUCUGAUGGCUUUGACAAUAGUACAUCUUUUCUAUCAACAACGACACCUGACAAAGUAAUAAAAAAGAGUCGCCGUUCGAGAAAGACAAAGAAGUAACCAGGAUUUCAAACCAGUGCUCUUAAUUGUCUUCUAUGUAUAGGUCACUUUCCGUAAAGGCUAGCUUCUUCUCUUUGCAUCUUUUUCGCAAAUCUUAAGUAAAGAACUUCACGGCCUC